CGCCGUUUCGUUUAAUUCAAAACGAACAUCAGAUGACUUUAGUUGUCUUAAAGUUGUUUUGACCGCGUUGUCUUUGAGUCUGUUUGUGCUGUAAAGCUGAUUUGCUGCUUUGUUGGGAGUAAAGCUUCAACACAGGAAGUUAAAAAAAAACAACAGUUGACCUUUUCCCACAAUCCACCGGGAGAGAGUGAAGGCGCGUUUUGUUGGUAGACAGUUGGCGCGUGUCCGUGGGCUCCCUGGGUUCCAGCGCUAUCGCAGCCUCGCAUGCACGAGCACAGAGACAACGCGCCUGCUCUUCGCUCCCCUGUUCGCGGACUUUCGCGCUGAUUACCGCCGACAUGGCUCCGUACUUGCUGGCAGCAGGUGUUAGCCUGCUGGCUAAGUCCUUCAGUGUGCUCUCCUGCACUGGCUCUCUGGCGAGGUGUACCAGCGUGCUGCCCUCUGCAUUCUUCAGCCCAGUGAAGUUUCUGACCUCCGAGGCCCGCCCCCCUCCAAAGAGACCUCUGAACGGAUACCUGAGAUAUGUUCAGCAACAGAAGCCGAUCGUGGCCAGACAGCACCCAGAAAUCAAAGCAGUGGAUCUGAUUAAGACGAUUGCCCAGCAGUGGAGAUCACUGAGCCCAGAACAGAAACAGCCGUUUCAGGAAGCUUCUCUCCGGGCCCGGGAACAGUUCAAGGUGGAUCUAGAGCGCUAUCAAGCCCAGCUGACUCCUGCACAGCUGCAGCAACAAGCCCAGGAGAAAAGGCAGAGGAGGGCCAAGAGGAAGGCCAUCCGCAAGAAGAGGGAGUUGACAAACCUGGGGAAGCCCAAACGUCCUCGCUCUCCUUUCAACAUCUUCAUGUCGGAGCACUUUGAGGAGGCUAAAGGAAUUACGUCUCAGGCUAAGAUGAAGUCGCUGUUGGAGGACUGGAGGAAUCUCUUCAGCCAUCAGAAACAGGUCUACACGCAGCUCGCUGAGGACGACAAGAUUCGCUACAAGAAUGAGAUGAAGUCGUGGGAGGACCACAUGGUGGACAUCGGGAGAGAAGACCUGAUCCGAGAGCGGACCCGGUCUACCAGGAAGAAACCUGCUGCGAGAGCCAAGAAGGCAACAAAGAAGGUAACAAAGAAGGUAACAACGAAGGCAACAACGAAGGCUAAAACUGUGAAGAAAGCCACGGGAACGUCAAAACCCUCCAAGAAGACCACAAAAAGCAGAUCAGCGAAAACUGUCAGCCCGCCGUCCACCAAGAAGACAUAAGACGCGUCCAGAGGAGGUGACAGGAGCUGCGAUGGCUCGGGGCGGAGCUCGGCCUCGCUUCUCUCUGACUUGAAAGCCCCAGCUGUCUCAGCUCUUCAGGUUCAACAGGACAAAACUUUGAUAACCUUCAGACAGAUCCGCAUCAUCGAUGUCUCCAGAUAAACCGCGAUGGCAGCAUUUGUAAAAAAGCUACCUGUGAGUUUGAGUCCUUCCUGUGAUGCCGACUCACUCCUCCAGGCUUAGAUGGAGUAGUAAAAUACAAGUUUGACUUUAAAAGUGUGAGCGCCAAAUGAAGCAGCCUGUUGGAGUCGGAGCACUGACGUGUACCGCUGUGGUGCUGACAGGAACAAACGGGUUCCUGUUGCCGUCCUCGAACACCUGCAGGAUUAAUGUGGGCUGCAUUUUUUACUUCAACACAUCCACACAAAAUCCUACAACCAUGUAAUAGUCUGAAUGUGUCCUGUAAGGUCCUGAUUCCACCUGAACCUGACAUAAAUCCAUACCUGGUGCUGGUGAGCGUGCAGCUUUAAAAGCAGCGCUCGGUCCCACAUUUCCUCUUGAGGUCAGAGCACCGCUGUUCACAUGCAAGAAACCUGACUGAAUCUUAGUGUCAUUACUGUCACGCGUGUUGCUUCAGUAGCAACAUGUGACGUCCUGCUGUCUGUGACCCUGAAUGAAACCAGCUGCUCUGUACUC